AUGAAAUCAGCCCUCACCUACCUCUACAGCAGCACCAAAACCGCCGCGGAGGAACGCACCCAAAAUCGAGAAUGGAGACGGACUUAUGAUGGAAAUGGUGGGUAUCGGGUCAGUAAAUUAGAGUUUGGGGAUCAGAAAGAGAGGGAGAGGAGGUUUACUAUUGGGGGUUGGGGAAAGGGGAUGAGAGGAGAAGGGAAAAGGAGAAGGAGAAAGAGAAAGAGAGGAGAUAUACUAUUGGGGAUUGGGAAUGGGGAUGGAAAGGAGGAGAGAAGCGAGGGAGAGGGAAAAGGAAAAGAAGAGAGGGAUGGGGAUGGGAGGGGAAGAGGAGAUGAUAAGUGGAUUACGAUCGAGGAGAUGGAUGGGGAUGGGGAUGAGGAUGGGGAAGGAGAGGGGAACAUGGAUGGGAACGGAGAAGGAAGAGAGGGGGAAGGAAUGGGAAGAAGAGAAAAAGAAAGAGAAGGAGGAAGGUGGAGAAAAAGUGUGAUUUCGAUGUUUCAACCGGUUUUGAAGAGGGGCGAUUUUUGA